GAGCCAGUCGCAGGGUGGGAGGUGGCCUGGACGGAGGGGGAGGCGCCGCUCGCUGGGAGGAGACUUGUGCGCACCCCUCCCCUCCCCUCCCCCCGCGAUCCCCUUUCUCGCCGGGCUCUGGGGGGCCAUGGGCGGCUGAGGGGAGCCGAGCCCCGGGCGGCCGAGCCGGCGGCCAUGGCUGAGGAUUACUGGGACCCGCAGCAGCAGCGCUGAGCCCCCUGCAGCGGCAGCCAGGCGGCCCCACCAUGGAUCGGAUGAAGAAGAUCAAGAGGCAGCUCUCAAUGACCCUGCGGGGGAGCCGGACGGCUGAGAAGAAUCUCAAUGAGCAGAUCAAUGUCGAGGAGAACAACAGCAGUGACACCGGCCUGGCGGGGAAGAGCGGGCGUCCCUGGGGCGCCUCGCGCAGCGUCUAUUCCUUCCUGCAGCGCCGGCCGCGCCCGGGCGUGACCCGCAGCCUGAGCGCCCACCUCGCCCGUGCCAGCCAACUAGAGAUGGUGCAGGAGGAUGUGAAGAUGGGCUCCGACGGGGAGAGUGACCAGGCGUCCGGCACCUCGUCCGACGAGGUCCAGUCCCCCGUGCGGGUCCGCAUGCGCCACAGCUCGGCCCGCAAGAUCUCCUCUGAGGACAUCAACAAGCGGCUCUCGCUGCCGGCCGACAUCCGCCUGCCCGAGGGCUGCCUGGAGAAGCUGGCAUUGAACAGCCCCUUGUUCGACCAGCCUCUCAGCCGGCGCCUGCGCCGUGUCUCGCUGUCGGAGAUCGGCUUUGGGAAGCUGGAGACCUACAUGAAGCUGGACAAGCUGGGAGAGGGGACAUAUGCCACUGUCUACAAGGGCAAGAGCAAACUGACCGACAACCUGGUGGCGCUGAAGGAAAUUCGCCUGGAGCAUGAGGAGGGGGCGCCCUGCACAGCCAUCCGCGAAGUGUCCCUGCUGAAGGACCUGAAACAUGCCAACAUCGUCACCCUGCACGACAUCAUCCACACAGAGAAGUCACUGACCCUGGUAUUCGAGUACCUGGACAAGGACCUGAAGCAGUACCUGGAUGACUGCGGCAACCUCAUCAACAUGCACAACGUCAAGCUUUUCCUCUUCCAGCUGCUGCGGGGCCUGGCGUACUGCCACCGCCAGAAGGUGCUGCACCGCGACCUCAAACCCCAGAACCUGCUCAUCAACGAGCGGGGCGAGCUCAAGCUGGCCGACUUCGGUCUCGCGCGGGCCAAGUCCAUCCCCACCAAGACGUAUUCCAACGAGGUGGUGACGCUCUGGUACCGGCCCCCCGACAUCCUGCUGGGCUCCACUGAGUACUCCACGCAGAUCGACAUGUGGGGCGUGGGCUGCAUAUUCUACGAGAUGUCCACGGGCCGCCCUCUCUUCCCUGGCUCCACCGUGGAGGAGCAACUGCACUUCAUCUUCCGCAUCCUUGGGACCCCCAACGAGGAGACGUGGCCAGGGAUCCUGUCCAACGAGGAGUUCCGAUCCUACAACUACCCCAAGUACCGGCCUGAGGCCCUGCUCAAUCAUGCGCCCAGGCUGGACAGUGAUGGAGCCGACCUGCUGGGCAAACUGCUGCAGUUCGAGGGGCGGAAGCGGAUGUCAGCGGCGGAGGCCAUGGGGCAUCUCUUCUUCCACUGCCUGGGCGAGCGCGUCACCAAGCUCCCAGACAGGCUGUGGGGAGCUGUAACUGCCCCCUGCCACCGCCCCCCUCUGUGUCUCCACAGCCACGUCCAUAUUUGCACUAAAGGAGAUUCAGCUACAGAAGGAGACGGGGCUGCGCUCGGCUUCCCUGCCCGACUCAGGGGGUGCCGCCUUCCGGGUAGUGGACACUGAAUUUUAGCCUUCGGGUCAGUGAACGGGCAGAACCGACGGCCCAGCUUACUGUUGUGACCUCGCCGAGCCACAGUGAUAUGCGAGGGGCGGGGACUGGACUGAAAUAAACCUGCCCCCAGCCGGGACUCUGCCCCUUUGGGUUGGACGCCGCCUUCGGGGAUGGGACUCCGGCCGUGCCCUGGGGCUGGAGGGGCCCGAUCCCCUUCUGGGGGUGGGGUGGCGCCGGCUGGACGGCAGAUGCCCCCCCCAUGUUGUUUAAGUUUUAUUUUUUCAAGGCAAUAUUAUAAAUAUAGAGAAAUAAUCUAUAGCCCCCCCCUUGCCGGGAGGGAUGGGCAUGGGGGGGCAGCCCCCCGGAGUUAUGUUUCCAUGGAGAUGUUUGAUUCUGCCCCCACUGUGGGGGAGGAGCCACAACCCCUCCUGUACCCCCCAGGUUGUGAGGUGGGGGGGUUGAUCCAGGAGGUUAUAUUCUGUGUCACUCGCCCCCCACCCCAAAUCCUCCUCUCCUGCCCCCCACAUCCCGCUGAGCUGUGGGGACAGAAGUCUUCCAGAUAUGGUGGGACUGGGGGGGGGCUGCUGUUGCAGAUGUGUGUAUGGGGGGCAGUGUACCCCAGAUGUGGUAGGUCCCUUUGCAGCUGUGUGUGUGGGGGGUCCCCGACAGUCUGCAACCCCUCCGCAUCCGAGUGAUGUGUCCCUGGGGAGUCCCCUUCCCUCCCCGAACCCCAGCAUGUCCCCUUCCUGCAGGGCUUAGCUCUGCCCCCACAUCCUGCUGGGUCGGCAUGUGGGGUGAACACUGGCUGACGCCAGUGAGUUCAUUGGGGCGACUGCCAGCUCCCCUUCCCCACUUAGUACUCAGGGCUCACUUGGGGCCAGCUGCACCUGUCUCCCAGUCCUUACUUUUGGUACUCGGCCCUUACUCUGCCACUACUCCCAUGUUACUCGGUCCUUAGUCUAGCCCUCUUUCUGUGUUACUCAGCCCUUAUUCCUGGUACUCAGCCCUUACUCCUACAGUACUUCCAUGUUACUCAGCCCUUGUUCCUACAUUAUUCGGCCCUUAUUCUUCCCCUACUCCCGUGUUACUUAACCCUUACUCUGGCCCUAUUUCCAUGUUACUCAACCUUUUACUCUGACCUUACUUCCAUCUUACUCAGCUCCUACUCUCAAGUUGCUCAGCCCUUACUCUGCCCUACUCAUGUUACUCUACCCCUAUUCUCAUGACACUCUCCUCCAACUCCCAUGUAACUCUUCCCCACUCUCAUGUUACUCGUCCCUUACUCAGGUCCUACUCACACAAUACUGUCUAUACUCCCAUAUUACUCAGCCCUUACUUGACCCCCUACUCAGAUGAUACUUAGCCCCACUCAGUCCUUACACUAAUGUUACUCGGCCUCACAUCUUAUUCAGCUCUUACUUGGCCCCUACUCAAGCCCUAGUCAAAUCUUACACAGUCCCUUGGCCCCUUAUUUGGCUCCUAUUCAAAUGUUGCUCAGCUCUCACUCACCCCCUCCUGAGAUCUUACUCGGUCCCACCACAACUGUUAGCCUAUAGUCAGCCCCUAGGAUGCUCCUGACUCAGCCCCUCCUCAGUCACUUCCCAGAUUCUCUGCUCAGUCCUUGCUCCCGUCCCUAAUCAAUACUUAGUCCUUAUUCAGAUGUUACUUCACAUCCUCUCACUCCUAACUCGGCCCCUAUUCAACUGUUACUCUCUACUCAGUGCUUAGUCCAUGCUCAGAUGUUACUUGGCCUGUUCUGCCCUCCCUUGAACAUUAUUCUGGGGUUCUGAGGCCCUACUCACCUGUUACUGCAGUCCCUGCUCAAACCUGACAGUCUUUAUUCAGACACUACUCCAUCCUUACUUGAGCUUUACUCUGUCCUGAGCUGGUUGCUCGCACAUUACUUGGUCCUUACUCCAUAAAUCCAGAAGGGGGUCCGAGUAACACGGGGUGAUCUGAAGUAACAGAAAUGAAAUUCACUAGGCCACAGCAAGGGGGAGUAGGAAGAAUUUUGACCUGGGUGGGCGGGACGCUCACAGGGUGACGCUGACCCCCCAGGGUGCCACAGCCAUGAAAAUGGCCGGUGCAAGGCUAGGACGGUGCGAGUGAGGAAUUUCCAUUGGAGACAGAGCCUGCGCCCAGCGCUGGCCACGUGUGUUGUAGAAAGAAGAGUUCAGGCUGGGCCCAGCGCAGUGAGGGUGGCUGGGAUGGCCGGGAGCGGGUUAGUUGACAACGCAGGCUGAGGUGGGCUCCCCGAUCUCUCUGUAAAUAUGUGGGGAGGACGAGGAGGGGCUGGAGCAGCAGUGAGGGGCAGAUGCCCUGGCUAGCGGGAUGCUCUUGUUAACUCAGGCCUGAGCUCCCGUGGUAGCAACACUAGCUGCGAUGGGAACCACUGGCCCGGGCAGCCCAUCCAGUCCUGGGCAUUUACUCAUACGAUACUUGGCCAGCCCCUACUUGAUCUGGUUUUAAUUUUUACCCAGUCUUCAGUCAAAUGUUACUCUGGCCAGACAUGUUACUCAGUCACUGCUCUGGAUUUACUCCAUCCCUACUCCUCUUACCCUGCCUGUACUCAGCUGUGAGUCCCUACCCAGCUCUUCUCAGUCUUAGCCUAGAUAGUGCUCUGUCUUUACUCAAAUGCUACUCUGCCCUUACUAAGUCUUAUCUUAGAUGUUACCCAGCCCUAAUGCAAAUGUUACUUGGUCCUUCCCCAAACAGUACUCCAUCCUUACAGUCCCAAUUUAGUUGUUGUUUAGUCCUUACUCAGAGUAAUCUGACCCUACUAAAAUGUUACUACCUCCUUACUCAAACGCUACUUGGUCCAUGCUGAAACACUACUCCAUUGUUUCUCAAAUAUUACUCAGUCCCUACUCAGUCUUACCCUUAGAUAUUAUUUUUACUCAAAAGUUAUUAAAUCCUUACUCAGUCCUGAAUCAAAUGUUACUUGGUCCAUACCUAGCCCUUACUUUGGCUUAGCUGAUUUGUUACUCCUUCCUUACUCAAAUGUUACUCGGUCCCUUUCCAGCACCUGCUCAGUCGUGGGUACUCAGUCCUUAAACACUACUCAGCUACUACUCUGUCCUUACUCGUUACUCAGGCAAAUCCCUCCUUGUCCCUGCUCUAGUCCAGCACUGCUCAGGAUUGGACCCUGCAUCCCCUUCCAGCUCCAUCCUGCAGCCCUCCGCCCCGCACUCCUUGAUGGACCCCGGCCAGGCUGUCCCACCCAGAGGGCUCUGUGUGCUCCUGGCUCCCCCUAGUGGCUAGGAAGGAUCAACUGCAGUUGGAAGGGCCAAGCCUUUAACUCAGGGGUAAAAGCCGGGGGUUUGAACCCUGCUGUGGGAGUGUCAGUAUAAAGGCGGACCCUAUAUCCCCCAGGCAGUACGCCCCCCCACCUCUCUCUCUAUAUAUAUUGUGUGUGUGUGUGUGUGUGUAUAUAUGUACAUAUCUAGCCUUUUUUAUAUGCAGCAUGUAGUGCUUGUGGGAUGGAAUGUCUUUCCCUGCAAGAGCCAUACCCAUAGUAAUAAAAAUGACGAUGCCCCCCCAGCUGAGCUGCAGCCACCUCUGGGGCGGGGCAGUGGGGAAUGGCCUCCCGUAAUGCUGCCCAGGGAAGGCUCGGCCGGCACUGCGAUGUAGCCAGCUCUCCUCGUGAAUCAGAAUGGUCCUCCCCCGUCCCCCUGUUCUCCCCUCUGCCCCCUGCACCGAGGCAUAAGACUAAAGGUGUCGAGGUGAGAGUCCCUGGGCGGGGUGGUGUCUGUUUUCUCUUUCUCUGCUGGGCAUCUGGCAGGGCUGGGGCCUGGGGAGUGUCAUCGAGAUGUUGUGGUGGGGGUGGUGCCAGUGGGGUGGGUCAGGUCUGGGAUCCAUUCCUGGCAGGUGGUGGGUUUUACUAUAGGGAACUGGAUCCCUGUGCACAGAGGAGGGAGGGAUCCCAGCUGUGAACCCUGCAGGGAGGGGGAAUCCCACAUCAGAUCCCUUCAUGAGUAGGAGGAUGGGAUCCUGGACUGGAGAGGAGGGCUAAGACCAGAUCUCUGGUGGGGAGGAGGGACAGAUCCCAGAGUGGAUCCCUGCAUGCAGAGGAAGGUGAUCCCAUAAUAGAUCCAUACAGGUGGAGGAAAGAGGGAUCUUGGAGAGUAGGGGAUCCCAGAGGAUCCCUGGCCAGUGAGGAGGAGGUUGCCAGAGUAGAUCUGUGCCUGGAAAGGGGGAUCCUGGACUGGAUUUCCAUGCCUGCGGGGCCCUGCAGUGUCCAGAGUGGAUUCAGUAGGGACAGAGCCCCCUCUCCUGCCAGCUGUGUCCUCCCCAGCCCUGUAGAUGGGGGUGGAGUCUCUGUGACAGGAGGGCUUUGGCUCAGCAGGCAAAGGGUUAACCUGCCUAUACAUAUCAAUGUUUGAGGGGGGAGGGCUGUAUCUGAGCUGCGUGGGAGACGGGGCUCCCUCGUUUUUUGUCUGGGGUGAGAGACUGUUCUGCGCUCAAUGUAUGGAAAUUAUUAAAGUCUCCAUGGAA